AAGAAAGCAAUAAACCUUUCUUCAGAUACUUCAGAUAUUUCUCCUUCUUUUCAGUUUCUAACAUGGUAUCAGAGCUAUAAGCUCUUGGUUCUUUUCUCUUAUCAUCGCUGUUGGGUUUUUGGAGUUGGAUUUUCAAUUCCAUUCUAGAUCUGAAACCUUGUCAUUGGGAUCUCUUCUCAUACAGAUUGGAUUGUUUAUCCUCGAUUCUCAGACCAUUUCUGAGGUGUUUGAGGAUGCAUACAGGUCACCUUUGAGUAUCAUCAUCCUUGAUGACAUAGAAAAGUAACACUACUUCUUAAGAUGUUAUGAACUCCUUAUACUCAUGUUCACUAAAUUCGCAUUUGUGAAUAAUAUUCUACUGUAUGGUUGGCUGAUGCUUAACUGCAGGCUAUUGGACUAUGUUGCAAGUGGACCUCAGUUUUCAAAUUUAAUUUUACAAACACUUCUGGACCUACUCAAACGUCUUCCUCCUAAGGAAAAGAAACUUCUCGUGUUGGGAACGACAAGUGAAGUGAGCUUCUUAGAAUCAAUUGGCAUUCGUGAUGCUUUCUCUGUCACUUACCAUGUUCCGAAAUUGGAGACAAAUGACGUAAGUUGUGGUGUCUGGCCUGUUCUGGUGUUAAAGCAAUUGAAUGUAUUUGCCGAAGAUGAUAUAGAUGCAGCUGCCUUUCUUUCAUAGCUCCUUUAUGAUUGCCUUCGUGCGAUUCUAGUUUGUCACCAUUUGAGCCUUUCCUUCAACUUGUAUCGUCUUCUUGUUUUUGGUGAAUGCAUCUUAUUUGUCACCCUACCAGCCGUCUGGCAAUGCAUGAAAAAUUAUCUACUGCUGUCAAAAGUUUGGAUUUAGGCUUUGUAAAAUUGAUUUUGACCUUUUAGAGUUUGUCACAAACAAAGGGUUGGACUAAUGGCUCAAAUUUUGAUGGACAUCAUUGUCAUAUGCUGAACAUGCCAGGCUUUUCCCUCUAUGUUUACAGUGAAAUUUAUCAUCUCUGGUCCACUCAAAUUUUGGGUACAUACUGAUUGCGGAUGCUUGUCAAUUUAUGCCUCAUGCUAAGUGAAAAGAAAUAAUAAAAAUUAUCAUGUUGU